CCAUGGCGGAGAGGCGGCGGCGGGCGCGGGUGCAGGGCGGCUGGGCCGGCGGCGCGGCGGGCCGGCUCCCAGGCAAGGCACCUACAGCACCUGUGGCUGGGAACCUUGCUCCUGCAGGCAUCAGACAAACCUGGAUGAGAAAAGAUCAGAUUCACACUCAAAAGCAUUUUAUCUUUGAAAAGCCAUCAGAGGUGGAACGCAAAGUUCCUGAUGCAGGUGUGAUAGACAAACCUGGUGUGUAUGAGCUGAGUGUGUUACCAACAGGCAUUUCUAGGAUACAUUUGAUUCCUGGCUUUAUUGACUCAGAACAAGCAGACUGGAUGUUUGAACAACUCCUUCAAGACAUACCCUGGGGUCAGAGAACUCACGUCAGACAGGAGGUAUCCUUUGAGGAGCCAAGACUUACCUCCUGGUAUGGGGAACUUCCGUACACAUACUCCAGGUUGACAAUGCAGCCAAACCCAAAUUGGCAUCCUCUGCUGACUAUGCUAAAAGAGCGCAUUGAGGAGUUCACUGGCUAUACCUUCAACUCUCUGCUCUGCAACCUCUACCGAAACGAGAAGGAUAGUGUUGACUGGCACAGUGAUGAUGAACCAUCACUGGGAAAAAAUCCUGUCAUUGCCUCGCUCAGCUUUGGUGCUACCCGGAUCUUUGAGAUGAGAAAGAAACCUUCCCCUGAAGAGAAUGGAGACUAUACUUACGUAGAAAGACUACGAAUCCCGCUUGAUCAUGGGACUCUACUGGUGAUGGAAGGAGCUACCCAGGAAGACUGGCAGCAUCGGGUUCCUAAGGAAUAUCAUUCCAGGGAUGCACGAAUAAACCUGACAUUUAGGAUCAUUUAUCCAGAAUCUGAGGGAACUUGAAAUUGAAGAGGCACUUCUUCAUGCAUUAUUGACUAUAAACCCACAACUGAACCAGAGCCUCAGACUUGCUACAAAUUUAAAGGAAGCUUUACAGAAACAGAGUUCUGUCAAAUGGAGAUGGAGAAGAGAAUGGAUGUCAUGAAGCUUGCUGUGUCAUAUGGACAGUGCUGUUUUGUCUUCAGGAAUGAUGUAGUAGUAGAUGACAUUAAAUCACAGACUUUUAUUUUGAGAAUGAGUAAUGGUCAAUCUUACAAGAACACAAAACACCUAAAAUUAAAGAUCUGAGUGAUACCGA